AUGGACUCCGUGCCAAACUUCUUCGGCGGGAACGACGGCUCGGACGGCGGUUUCACCCUCAACAGAGUCGACGGCGUGUCGACGGGAACGAACGGUGAGGUCAUCUUGAGCGAGAUCAAGUGCGGGUUGUUACGACGAGACGGAACCACCAUGCGCGCGGACGUGAGAAAGGGUACUUUGAGAAUUAUCCAAGCCGCCCUGGACGACACGCUGAAACAGAUUCAGUGGGGACCGAGAGAAGCGAACACCGGUUUCGAGGCGGAGGAAGACUUCAUCAUCUUACCAGAUGAAGCGGUCUUGAAGACGAUGAAGCAGCCGGGAUGCUUCGCCCUGAGCUUUCUCGAGGAACGAGAUCGAGACAUGUACUUUUGGUUCCAGGAGCCGAAAGACGCGGACAAGGAGGCGAUGUUGAUGAAGUGUAACCGGCUCAUAAAUACCAACGUCAUGGCAGCGCUCGGGCGAGGCGAGGAGAGAUCGAACGCAGAGGCAACGAUGGAAGACGCACCGGAUGAAGGGACCGAGACGACGCCGAGUAUUCCGGGGACGACCCCGGCGCUGGUGAAUGCGGCGGCGAUGGCGGCUCCUUCGCCGGUGGAGCCGACGCCGGCGCCGAACAUGCCACCGGCGGAGACUCCAGCGGCGCCGGCCAAGGACGGGGAGGGCAUGCGAACUCCCGCAAGCGCGGCGAACUUCACUCCGAUCGUAACUAGCGAUGCGUUGAAGGGUGUUUUCGCCAAUCUCGGCGGCGCGACGCCGAGGACUCCUCCGGUCGGGUUGCCCGAGAUCUUGACUCCCGAGCUCGUCGGUCCUCUUCUCCGAGACGAGUCCAUUCGAGGCCGAUUACUCGAGUAUCUCCCGGAAGAGCAUCGCGAGACGGAAGAUCUGGAGGAGCUAAUUCGUACACCUCAGUUCCGAAGCCAAUUAGAAGCGUUUAGUCACGCCAUCCAGAGCGGCGAGAUGGACAUGACGCAGUUUGGUCUAAAGGAGUCGGGCGUCGCCGACUUAGAGAAGUUUCUCCGAGCGAUUCAAGCCGAGAUGGACGAUCAAGAAGCGAACGACGCGAUGGAGAGUUGA